UCAGGAAGGUUUUUGGAGAGUAGAUGGUGCGGGUGUACCAAAACUUUGUGAGCUCCAGCCUCCUCGGGGCCCGCGCGUUACCCGGGACCGCCCGGAUCAGCUGCAAAAAGACCCCCGAAGGUGCCGGAUACUUUCUGUUACCAACAACACAGAAUGUGCGAAGCUACUGGAGGAAAUCAAAUGUGCACACUGCUCACCUCACGCUCAGAACCUAUUCCACUCACCUGAGAAAGGGGCAACACCUGAACGAGAACUAACUCUUCCCUACCUGUGCAAGGACUAUUGUAAAGAAUUCUAUUAUACUUGCAGAGGUCACAUACCAGGUUUUCUCCAAACUACAGCUGAUGAGUUUUGCUUUUACUAUGCAAGAAAAGACGGUGGUGUAUGCUUUCCAGAUUUUCCAAGAAAACAAGUGCGAGGGCCAGCUUCUAACUCCCUGGACCACAUGGAAGAAUAUGACAAAGAGGAAGAGAUCAGCAGAAAACACAAGCACAACUGCUUCUGUAUUCAGGAGGUUGUGAGUGGACUAAGGCAGCCUGUGGGAGCAGUACAUUGUGGGGACGGAUCCCAUCGCCUCUUUAUUCUUGAGAAAGAAGGAUAUGUGAAGAUUUUCAGUCCUGAAGGAGACAUACUCAAGGAACCUUUUUUGGAUAUACACAAGCUUGUUCAAAGUGGAAUAAAGGGAGGAGAUGAAAGAGGACUGUUAAGCCUUGCAUUCCAUCCCAAUUACAAGAAAAAUGGAAAGCUGUAUGUGUCUUAUACCACCAACCAAGAACGGUGGGCUAUUGGACCUCAUGACCACAUCCUUAGGGUCGUAGAAUACACAGUAUCCAGGAAAAAUCCACACCAAGUUGAUAUGAGAACAGCAAGAGUGUUUUUAGAAGUAGCAGAACUGCAUCGAAAACACCUAGGAGGACAGCUUCUGUUUGGCCCAGAUGGUUUCCUGUACAUUUUCCUUGGAGAUGGCAUGAUCACUCUGGAUGAUAUGGAGGAGAUGGAUGGUUUAAGUGAUUUUACAGGUUCUGUAUUGCGCCUCGACGUAAAUACUGACCUGUGCAAUGUCCCUUAUUCCAUACCACGGAGCAACCCACAUUUUAAUAGCACAAACCAACCUCCUGAGAUUUUUGCACACGGACUUCACAAUCCAGGACGAUGUGCUGUGGACCGCCACCCAACAGACGUAAACAUCAAUUUAACUAUACUUUGCUCAGAUUCAAAUGGAAAGAACAGAUCUUCAGCAAGAAUCUUACAAAUAAUAAAGGGUAAAGACUAUGAAAGUGAGCCUUCACUUUUAGAAUUCAAACCAUUCAGCAGUGGAUCCUUGGUUGGUGGAUUUGUCUAUCGAGGCUGUCAGUCUGAAAGACUCUAUGGAAGUUAUGUAUUUGGAGACCGUAACGGAAAUUUUCUAACACUGCAACAGAAUCCUGCAACCAAACAGUGGCAAGAGAAACCCCUCUGUCUUGGCAACACUGGCUCAUGUAGAGGUUUCUUUUCAGGCCCUGUCUUGGGAUUUGGUGAAGACGAAUUAGGUGAGAUUUACAUAUUAUCAACCAGUAAAAGUAUGACACAGCCUCACAGUGGAAAACUCUACAAGAUCGUUGACCCAAAAAGGCCUUUAGUCCCUGAAGAAUGCAAAAGAACAGCUCAGUCUGCACAGACACUGACAUCUGAAUGCUCAAGGCAUUGUCGGAACGGGCACUGCACUCCCACAGGAAAAUGCUGCUGUAAUCAAGGCUGGGAAGGAGAGUUCUGCAGAACUGCAAAAUGUGACCCAGCCUGUCGACAUGGAGGUGUCUGUGUAAGGCCUAAUAAAUGCUUGUGUAAAAAAGGCUAUCUCGGCCCCCAGUGUGAACAAGUGGAUAGAAACAUCCGAAGAGUGACAAGGGCAGGUAUUCUUGAUCAGAUCCUAGACAUGACAUCUUAUUUGCUGGAUCUAACCAGCUAUAUUGUAUAGUUUCUGGGACUAUUUGGAAACUACACUUUCAACGGGCAUUUGUUUUGAAUCCUGUCAUUUUUAAAAGACUGUUAUCCUGCAACAAAUACCGGUGAUUUGAUUUACUUCAUUAAUUUAAGUAUAAUAUCCACAAAUGUGCAGAUAAAUUCUUAGUAUGUGUGUAAGUAUUUCUGUACGUCUCCACAGACGUACCCAUAUCCGAUACGUGCACACAUGCACACACUAUCACAAAUACGGUUUCACAGCUAGUGGAAUUUUUUUUAUAUUUAUUUCUUCAUGAGAAAUAGUUUACAAAGUAAUUCCACUGUAAACCACAUUUUCAUCAAAGGACUUUUGUGAUGUCUUAAUGGAUUCUUUGACAUCCCAGAAAUCUCGUGUCUGUACCUAUCUGAUUAUAGCAAUAAGAGAGCAGCUUUCAAACAUCGCUGUAUAAAACUGCUGGACUUAAUAAAAUCCAGUUGUAACAGUUUCUAAGGUGAACUGAACUACAUCAUGAGACAGUAUUUCAGAGCUCCUUAAUGCAUUCCUAUCUAGGCAAUUCAUUGUAAGGCUGUAACCUUCACCUUCAUCAAUGUAACUCUAUUACAGAAUGUUACGCAUUUCUUUAUCUAGCAUAGAUGCAAAAAUCUGGUUAUCGCAGCUUAAUAUCAAGAUUGUUUCAAGUGUUUAAUAACUAAAUUAUAUUCGCAUAUUUCAAAACCAGUCAUCCUAGAAGGUCUGCUUUUUAUCAUAUAUUUUAUUUAACAAUGGGCACUGGGUUCAUGUUACAUAUUUAUAUUAUUUUAUUUUAUUUUUAUAAUAUAGACAUCACCUAGAUGAGACAGCUUUACCAUGUCCUGUAAAAUACUAAAGUUACAUUUUUCACCAACUUAAUUGGAAAGACGGGGAAAGAGAGAGCAAACACACUCUUUAAUGUGUUGUGGAUCUAAUCUAGAAAUGUAUCCUUGUGUCAACUUGUAUUCAUUUACGA